AUGAUCGAAUGGAUGUUAUGGUCCUACGGUACACACAAAGCAGCUGUAAUCCAAGCUACAUUUAUUCCAGAAAAAUUCGCCAUUUUUGGCUUUAUUCUGACUAUGCUCAUGGCUCCGAUCACUGUGGAGUGUGGCAAUAACAAGAAAGGUCGGCGAUUUGUAACAGUAAAAUUCUCUGAUAUUUUCUCAAUUUCAGGCGUAAAAAGCACAAAAAAAUCGAUGAAAAAGAAGGAGAAAACAAAGGGUUCGGACGAAUCGGAAUCGGUGAAGAAAACCAAGAAAAAGACGAGAAAAUCGAAAAAAACGGAAGACGAAUCGGAUGAGGAUGACGUGGAAAAGAGCAUAAAACUGUCGAAGAAGAAGAAGGUUAAAAAGGAACAUUUUUCUAGAAACGAAAUCGAUAAUUUCACAUUCAGAAGCCGGGAAAAGCGACAAAAAAGCCGCCGCCGAAGACAAAUGCUCAAUUUCCAGUCGAGGAGUACAAAGUGGGCGGGCCAUGCGUUUUUCCGGUGCCUUGACGCGUUUCUUUUUCAGGCGCCGCCCGAGUGGGAACGUCCGAAACAUCCGGGAUUCGAGAUGCCGUUGGACGAGAUCGACGAGCACAAAACAGAGCGACAGGUCUACAAAUUCGUCGAUGCGCAAGACUUUGUGUGA